AUGGAACAAACCGGGCAGGAGGGCGCCAUCGUGUAUGAGUGUACCAAGUGCAAAGCUGCGUUCCCCUCAAAGAAUCAACUAUUCAAGCACAUCCGGACGACUACAUGCACGAGCAAGGAAGGAGAGGAGGAGGAGGAGGAGAAGCGGGAGCAGGAGGUGGUCAUCUACGUUGUAGGAGGAAGGGAUCGUGGCAACACGCUGGGCGUGGUGGAGAUUUUCUCCUCUCGCAGUGGAACGUGGGAGAAAUAUCCGCAUAUGUUGGAGCAGCGAGGAAGCCAUGGGGUGGCAGCAGUAGGUCAAGAAAUUUUUGCGUUUUCGGGUGGAGGGAUCGAGUCAAACUUGGGGACUUGCGAGAAAUUUGAUCCUAAGGAGAGAGAGUGGAAGUUUGUUGCUCCGAUGCAGACGAAGGUGAAGACAAGACUUUUGUGGAUUUUGAUGAUGGUGGAGACCGGGGAGGAGAUGGAGGGAGAUGGAGAUGAUGAUGAUGACGACGACGACUAUGACGAGGACAAUUUUGUUGUUGCUGCUGCUGCUGCUGCUGCUGCUGUGGUUGCUGCUGCUGCUGCUGUGGUGGCUGCUGCUGCUGCUGCUGCUGUGGUGGCUGCUGCUGCUGCUGCUGCUGCUGCUGCUGCUGCUGCUGUUGCUGUUGCUGUUGCUGUUGAUAAUGAUGAUGAUGUUGAUGAUAUCAGCGGCACGCACUAG